AUGGGGAUCACAGCUUCUAACACCCAUGAAACAACAACAUCUGGGACCCACGAUGAUAUGGUCAAUGCUAAACCGCAUUUCAAUUUCCUGGGAUGUCUGGGUAUGAACUUCUCGAUAUCCAUGACCCCGCUGGCUAUUGGGACUUAUCUUUCGCUGAGUAUUGGGACUGGCGGUCCUCCAUUUUUCCUCUAUGAGUUCAUCUUCGCGGGGCUUGGUCAGAUCGUAUUAUGUGUUGCUUUGGCUGAGAUGGCAUCUGGCCUCCCACACUCAUCUGGCCCGGCUUAUUGGGUUGUCGUUUUGGGGCCGAAGGCUCUAUCACGGCCAUUAGGAUAUGUCGUGGGAUGGCUCACGAAUGCAUGCUGGUUUUUUAUCAGUUGUGCAUCAUUCCUGUUCCUGGCACAGCUAACCAUGGCUCUUGUUGAGGCAGCUGAGCCUAGCUAUAACCCGAAAGUCUGGCAUACAUACCUGAUUUACUGUGCCUUUGCUACCAAUGGCUUUCUCGUCAAUCUGCCUCGUGUGUUCAAAGUCAUAUCCUGGUCCCUAUCGGCGUCGGUCUUCAUUAUCAAUGCCUCCGCAUUGUUUAUCUUCAUCUCGUUGCUCGUCCGCGCCCACCCGAAGCAAUCCGCCCGGACCGUGUUUGUCGAUGUUGUCAACAAAACGGGGUGGGAUUCCGAUGUCGUUGUAUUCUUCUUGAGCAUCCUUCCGGGUGCUGCCAGUGUCGGUGGCCUGGAUUCUGCCCUCCAUCUCACAGAUGAGGUAGAUCGUCCUUCCAAGCAAAUCCCUAUGGUCAUGAUUAGCUCAGCCCUACUGAGUUUCUUUACCGGAAUUCCGUCUAUCAUUAUAUAUCUUUUCUGCAACACGAAUCCGGAAGGCCUGCUUGACCCAGUCGGCGGACAGCCCAUCAUCCAGCUUUUCUUCGACGCAUACGACUCUAAAGCUCUCAGUAUUCUCGCCUCCACAUUUCUUAUAAUGUGUUUUACAAUCGCGGGCUGGGCUGCUCUAACGAGCUGGAAUCGCCUCUACUGGUCCUUCUCCCGGGAUAGAGGAUUUCCAUUUUCUCAAUUUUCAGCCAAACUCUCUUCAUCGGAUGAUCUACCCAUCAACGCGUUAUAUAUAAACCUUCUCCUCAUUAUCGCGCUGGGCGCUGUGCAGCUGGGUUCCACAACCGCCAUGAACGCCUUACUCGGGGGUGCCAGUUUAUGCGGCAAGUCUUCCUUCGGUAUUGCCCUGGCGUUGCUCCUGUGGCGAGGUAGAGACUCACUUCCGAGAGACAGAUGGUUGAACCUGGGUAAAUAUGGUGUGGCAGUGGAUGCAAUUGCGAUUCUUUGGAUUGUCUGGAUGUGUAUCUGGAUUUCAUUCCCUUGUACAUUCCGGUGA